UCGAGUGACCGGAGGUGAAGGGUAGCGAUUGCAAAGGAAAACCCACCGCUCCCGCCAGUGCUGUGAUUUUCUGACCACGUUUUUGGAGUUUGGGUGUCUUGUUUAGGGUGUGCCGCUCAUUGCCCGAAGCUGUCUUUGCGGUUUAGGUUUGCAAUCAUGGCAGCUACUUCUGCAUGCGUCGUGUCGUCCGUGGUCGCCGCCAGUACCGCCAACAGCCAUGUUGCCACUGCGACCAGGACCAUCGCUUCCUAUGGGACGUUGCUGUCCACUCGCCGGGCUUCCUUCAAGACCGGCGUCGUGGUUCCGGCCACCGCUCGCAGUGCUGCCUUUCGAACUGAGCCUAAGAAAUAUUUGACAAUUGUUGCCGCGAAGGCAACAAAGGAUCCCGAGACGACGGUUGAAUCAACUGUGGAUGAUACGUCUGCUGCAUUCGAAGACGCACUCAAAAGCGUUCAAGAAGCGUGGGAGAAGACGGACGACAAAGUCGCCAUUGCAGGAUUAGGAUUGGCGGGACUUGUUGCCAUCUGGUCUGCUGCCGGCCUUAUUAACGCGGUUGACAAGCUACCCCUCAUUCCUGACUUUUUUGAAUUCGUUGGAAUUUUGUUCUCUGGGUGGUUUGUGUACCGAUACUUGCUCUUCAAGCCCGACAGGGAAGUGCUGUUCAAGUUCAUUGACGAGACUAUGACAAAGAUUACUGGCCAGUGAGUUUGAGCAGUAUUGUAAAAUUACAUUUUUCUCCCUGUAAUGGAAAUGAGUUGCAGUUUUACUGCACGAGUUGCCUCCUUAGUACUUGCAAAUCUGUUACCAUUAGAUUGGUGUCUUAGGAUACAAGCCUUUCGUUCUUUUCUGGCCAUCAACAUAGUGAAUCGGAAAUCUGUGGAGUUCAAGGUUUAGAACAUUUAUCUGGUUUAACCGCUGGUUACAACUGGCUCAAUGAUCUUCUGAUCGGUGUGCAAAUUUACUUUCUGUUAUUCAUGGGGGCUGGGACUGACACAUAGGGAAAGUGUGUGGAAUAUUGUCAUUUUUCAUUGUGCAUAAACUGUUUUGAUUAAUUAUCUAGUUAUACAUUGUUCUC